AUGAAUAGCAAUUGGAAGCGCUCUCACCAUGGCCCACCGAAGUCAGCUUGGGUGCUACAGGGCAAACCCGCAGCCGAGACAAAACGUGGCUGGGAGUCGGUACGUGGUAGAGAUGCUACGGUCGAAGAACGAACUGGAAUUGAAGAACGAAACCAAGAGGACACCGAAGAAGUUAACGCUGAAGCGGCUCUGAUGAUGAACCAUUUAGGAUUCCCUAUGGUUCCGGCAAAGGCCAGAAAGCGAAACGCGACUUCGGCGGACUUGCCGAACGUGUGUCUACGGCGAUCGAAGAGGGUCCGCAAGCGAAACGAAGAUCCGACUGCCCUAAGCCCCCAGUCCUGCCCAGCUGGUCAGCCCCUCCAGCCCCAGCUCCCAGCCUGCCCUGCCUGGCUCAGCCCGUCAGCCCCAGCCGGCUCAGCCCCAGUGCCCCAGCCUGCCCAGCCUGGCCCAGCCCCAGCCUGGCCUCAGCCCGUCCUGCCUGCCUGUGCCUGCUCAGCCUGCUCAGCCCAGCUCAGCCCUGGGCUCAGCCCCGCCCAGCCUGCUCAGCCCUGCCCAGCCUGCCUGCUCAGCCUGCUCAGCCUGGCUCAGCCCGCUCCAGCCUGCUCAGCCCACCAGCCUGGCUCAGCUCACCAGCCUGGCCUCAGCCUGCUCAGCCCUGCCCAGCCCGCUCAGCCUGCCUCAGCUCCUCAGCCCAGCCUGCUCAGCUGCCCGCCUGCCCUGCUCAGCUCCGCUCAGCCUGCUCAGCCUGGCCCAGCCUGCCCAGCUCAGCCCAGCCUGCUCAGCCCAGCUCAGCCUGCUCAGCCCAGCCCCAGCCUGCCCCAGCUCAGCCUGCUCAGCCUGCCCAGCCCCAGCCUGCUCAGCCUGGCCCAGCCCAGCCUGCCUGCCCAGCCCCCGCCCCAGCCUGCCCAGCCUGCUCAGCCUGGCCCGCCCUCAGCCCACCAGCUGCCUCAGCCUGCUCAGCCCUGGCCAGCCUGGCCUCAGCUGCCCGCUCAGCCCAGCCAGCCUCCCAGCCCCAGCCCCAGUCUGCCAAAGGCUCAGCCUGGCUCCAGCCUGUCAAACGUCCAAGCAAUCAAUCCAUCUGAAGCGGCAAUUAACAGCGAUUCUCCUACUAUUCGCUCGGUUUCCCAGUCUUCGCAAAACGACAACGCCUACACGUUCAACAUCUUCCUAGGUUAG